AUGCCGCGUCCGCGCCGGCCGCCUGGUGCUGGCUCGGCGCUCACCACUCUCGCCCUCCUGCUCCUCGCCGGACUUGUGGCCGCUCAGCAGCAGCAACCACAACAACAACAACCACAACAGCAACAACAAAUCCCACUACCUCCUCCACGCCUCGAACAUCAUGUCCCCAGCGGAGCCCCUCGACCCGCCCUCCAUAUAGAACACGCUCCCAUCAUCAACCCCAAGCCCAUCCACAAACACGCAAAACUCGCCCAGAAGAACGCGGUAGUUGAUGCUCCGCGUCGAAGACCCCACUCAUCCCUUCACAGCCAGAACGUGCGCGCCCUAGCAACCAGAGUUCCUUCUGCUCCAGCCAUCAGUGCUGUCAGAGCCGAUCCCGCCAGAUAUGCAGCCUCGGGGGGCUUAGUCCCCGGUGCGCGCUCUCUGCAGGAUUGGGAAGUUGAGGACUUUGUUCUCUUGGCGACCGUCGAUGGCCACAUACACGCACGCGACCGAUACAAUGGCGAGGAGAUUUGGGAACUGAGCGGGAGGCCCAUGUUGGAAACCAUCUACAACUCAUCCGGCGGCAGUGUUGACCCGCAGGACCAGCCCUUUGUAUGGAUCGUGGAGCCGCGAGAAGAUGGUGCCCUCUACCUCCUCUCCCCAGGCCCUUAUCCCCAUCUCCAACACCUGGGCGUGACGGUCAAGCAAUUGGCCGAAAACGCACCUUAUUCGAGCGAUGAUCCGGAGCUUCCGGUCGUGUACAACGUCGAGAAGAAGACAUUCAUGUUGCUUGUCGAUGCAGCCUCUGGUAUAGUCAAGCAGAGCUUCAGUCCUGGUGGAACCUUUCCCCACGACGACAGUUGUGCCCCAGAGUCGAGAAACUACUUUAGCGCGCGAGAACGUGACUGCCGCGGGGUCAUCGACAUUGGGCAGACCCAGUACACCAUCACCAUCCACAACAAGAAGACCAACGAGCACAUAUGCACGCUCAAAUAUGCAGAGUGGAACCCCAACAGUCGUGACAGAGAUUUGCAAUCGCAGUACGACCAGACGUUGGACAAGCAGUACAUCUACACCACAUAUAACGGCGAAGUCAUUGCCUUUGACUACAAGCGUCCAAGGUCGCACCAGCGGCCACUUUAUAGGCAGCGUCUGCCGUUCCCAGUUGCACGCGUCUUUGAUGUUGCCCGUCCUUCAAACGACCAAUCCUCUGACCCACCCUUGGUCCUUUUGCCCCAGCCUGCGGGGCCUGUAUUUUCAGAGGACAAGGCCAAUCAUGUUCUCCUCAACACAACCGACUCGGGAGCGUGGUAUGCACUGUCAGAAGUCAACUACCCUGCCGUGACAGAUGGUGCCCCAGACGCAAGUUGCUACAAGCAGAAUCAGGCUGCAUACGAUUGGGAUGCGGCCUACGCCUUGCCAGACAAGAAGAGCCUUAUUGGUGUGCACAGGCUCGACUACAAGGUUCCUGAAAUGCCAACUCAGCUGCUGGGCAUUCCUGCACCAACUUUCUACGACUCUGUAAAUGAUCAGGUCAUCUCCAACCCACCGGAGACUUCCCCAAGGGAGCAUCACCAGCCACCAAGCAUUGAUGCACCACCACAGGCUGAAGUCGUCGCACGCUCAGUCAAUGUCUACAUAUACAUUGUACUUGCCAUCUGCCUGUUUGGCGGUGUCGGGGCUUCUAUCAAGCCUACAAUGGUCGAGUCCUGUCUGAGCUACCUCAAGCAGAUAGUCCAUGCAGGCAACAACACCAAACAGCCUCUUCCGCCAUUCCACGCUUCCCCAGAGCCUGAGGUCAAGCUGAGCGAAGAAAAGCUUUUGGUUGUUCCACAUGCAGAUGAUCCUGUUCCAGAGAAGCCAGUUGUUGAGACCGUUGAGAAAGACCAAAACGAGCUACCUGCAUUGGAGGAGCCCAAGGAGAAGAAGGUCGUUACCUUUGCCGUCCCAAGUGACGAAGAGGAAGAUCUUGCACCCCUCUCCAGGACUACGACUGUUGAACAAGCCUCUCCAAUCUCGAACGAAGCUGCUCCGCCAGAGGUGAAGCUCAAUGGCGAUGCUGAGGCAAUGGCAAAUAGCACCGAAGAUGUCUCACAAGACCCCACGGCUGCACCGGCUACACCGAAGAAGAAGAAGACACACCGGGGUAGAAGGGGCGGCCGUAAGCUGAGUAAGAAUCAGCAAAAAGAGGAAGAUGAGGUCAACCGGAUUGUGAACGCAGCCAAACAGCUCGAAGUCGGCCCUCGCCUGCACCCCGACGAACUCACCGUGAGCGGGGGUGACGUGCAAAACAUCUCUGAGAUCAAACGCAUCGGCAAGCUUACCAUUGACCAAGAUCGACUAUUGGGCAAUGGAAGUGGUGGCACAUUCGUCUUUGAAGGAAAAUGGAAGGAAGUCAAGGUCGCCGUCAAGCGCAUGUUGCCUCAAUACUUUGGGCUUGCAGAACAAGAGGUCAAGCUUCUACAGAACAGUGACCCCCACCCGAACGUCAUCCGCUACUUUGAUGACGAACGCGACGAAAACUUUCUCUACAUCGCCGUCGAACUCUGCCAAGCUAGUCUCUUCGAUCUGUACAAGGAUGGGCGGCCUGGAGAGGAGCUCAGUGAGGAACAUCAGCGUCUGGUCAACAAGAUUAGUAAGAAGGCAUCGUCCUGCCUGUACCAGCUCGCUGCCGGUUUGAACCACCUGCACCAUCUCCGCAUCAUUCACCGCGACAUCAAGCCUCAAAACAUUCUUGUUGCACAGCCUCUGAUCACCUCCAAGGAUGACGUGCGACUGGUGAUUUCUGAUUUUGGGCUCUGUAAGACUCUGCCCGACAAUGUUAGUACCCUUGUCGGUACAACUGGCAACGCAGGUACCGUCGGCUGGAAAGCCCCGGAGCUCAUCUCGCAGCCCAAGGAGCUGGUCAAUGGAAGUUCCCAGGGCUUUUCUCGUGACUCAUCCAGCUCGACGGAUCCAGUCGCACAGGGCGUGAAGCGGGCUGUGGACAUCUUCUCUCUGGGCUGUGUCUUCUACUACGUACUUACCGGUGGCUGCCACCCAUUUGACGAUGAAGAAGGCUGGAUGCAGAUUCGCGAGUACAAUAUCAAGAAGGAAAAGUCGAACCUCGACCGCCUACUUCUUGGUGCCGACUCUGUGGAGCCACAUCACCUCAUCCAAUGGAUGCUUCGGCCACGUCCUGAAUCUCGUCCAACUGCCCUUCAGGUCAUGAACCAUCCCUUCUUCUGGGACGACCAGAAGCGACUUGACUUCUUAUGUGACUGUUCUGAUCAUUGGGAGCGAGAGCCUCGCGACCCACCGUCGGAGCACCUAUCGCAGCUUGAGGAAUACGCUCAGGAUGUCCUUGACCACCGACGUAACUUCCUCGCCAAGCUGGAUCCAGGCUUUGUCAACUCGCUGGGUAAGCAACGCAAGUACACGGGCGAUCGUAUGCUCGACUUGUUGCGAGCAUUGCGUAACAAGAAGAACCACUACGAGGACAUGGAGGAUUCGAUCAAGGCCAAGGUUGGGCCGCUGCCGAGUGGAUAUCUGAAGUACUGGACCGUCAAGUUCCCCCAGUUACUCAUGAGCUGCUAUGAAGCGGUGUUGGCGUGUGAUUUGGAGAAUGAGCCUCGAUUUAGGAAGUACUUUGAGGGUGCCAAGUAG